GGAAAUCACAUGCUUCGGGUUAUUCUGAGUUCCCCAUACAGGUUCAACAUGGCGUUGCACAUAGGGACGAUGAGUAAAGUCAUAGCCAUCCUCUUAAUCUUUGCUGUGUGUGAAGGGCACCGCCUGAGAGGGUUUGGAUCGUUUACUACUCGAUGGCAAGAUACACGCAACGAGACGGUGGUGGAGGAUCAGUGGUUCAUUCAGAAACUAGAUCACUUCAACGGUGCUGACAGCCGGACGUGGAAGCAGAGGUACUUUGUGAAGGAGCAGUUCUACCGGGACGGGGGGCCUGUGUUCCUGAUGAUAGGUGGAGAAGGCCCCGCCAACCCAGCCUGGAUGGAGAAUGGCACCUGGCUGCUCUACGCCAAGCAGAUGGGCGCUUUGUGUUUGAUGCUGGAGCACCGCUUCUACGGACAGAGUCACCCCACCGUGGACCUCAGCACAGAGAACCUGGCCUUCCUCAGCAGCCGCCAGGCCCUGGCCGACCUGGCCCACUUCCGCACCGCCAUGGGGACCGCCCGGGGCCUAACAAAGAGCCUGUGGGUGGCGUUUGGGGGCUCGUACCCGGGCUCGCUUGCCGCCUGGUUCCGGCUGAAGUACCCUCACCUGGUCCAUGCCUCUGUGGCCACCAGUGCACCUGUCCACGCCACCGUUAACUUCCCAGAGUAUUUGGAAGUGGUGUGGCGUUCCCUGGCCUCUGAGGACCCAGAGUGCCCCCUGCUGGUGAAGAAAGCAUCAGACACCCUGAUGGAGCGCCUCAAAGACCCCAAGACACACGACGCCAUCACCAAAGACUUCAACCUGUGCUCUGCACUGCGCCUGCUGACAGAGAUGGACACUGCCUACUUCCUGGAGACGUUGGCGGGCAGCUUCAUGGACGUGGUGCAGUACAACCAGGACAACCGCCAGUUUGAGGGCGUAGUGGGCACCAACAUCACCAUCAAGGUGCUGUGCAGCGUGAUGGCGGACCCCUCUCUGGGGGACCCUUACUCCCGCUAUGCCAGCGUGGCCCGGCUCAUGAUGGACACCUUCUCCAUUAAGUGCCUGGACGCCACCUACUCCAGCUACCAGAGGGACAUGCGCAACACUUCGUGGGACGGUCCCGCCGCAGGGGGAGGGCGACAGUGGGUUUACCAGACCUGCACUGAGUUUGGAUUCUACCAGAGCACAGACUCCCCUAACCAGCCCUUUGGGGGCUUCCCCCUCACAUACCACGUGGAGCAGUGUGCCCAGUUCUACAAUGUCAGCGCAGAGACCCUGGCCCAGGCCGUGGCUCAGACCAAUGAGUGCUAUGGAGGCUACAACAUCCGCACCAGCAGAAUAGUGUUCCCCAAUGGGGCCAUCGACCCCUGGCAUGCCCUGGGGGUCACCCAGGACAUCAGCCCUGAGCUCCCAGCCAUCCUCAUCCAAGGGACCGCCCACUGUGCCAACAUGUACCCAGCAAGAUGCCAGGACCUCCCCCAACUGGCUCAGGCCCGGGACCAUAUCGGUGUGCUGCUCCAACAUUGGCUGAAGCAGUGACCCACAGGUCCCCUGACCAACCAUGAAAACCAUGAGAAAAUCACAUUUUCAUUCACCCUGAAACUGCUGAGCUGAUGGUACCUGGCAAAAUAAGCACUCUAAGUGUGUCAGAUUUAAUGGGUCAGUUUAUUUCAAUGUUUAAUCCUUGAGUUCUAUUUUUGUCCAUCUUUGGCGUCUCAAUGUGAGUUUUCUAUAGGUUCUCUAUUGCACUGAAGCAAAUGGAGAAGUAGCUCUGGAGAGAAUGUCCAGAGUUAGGAAACGGCCAAAUGUCUUGUCAGUGACGAUAACAAUUCAAAUUGAGGAACUGUAAGGGAUCAUGUCGGUUGUCUCAGGCCCCGUC